AUGGAUUCGAGCGCUGUUCACAAGUUCCGUCCGGUGGUCGUAUCAGGUCCCUCUGGCACGGGAAAGUCGACUCUGCUCAAGAGACUAUUCGCUGAGUAUCCCGAUACUUUUGGAUUCUCGGUUUCCCAUACCACUCGAGCCCCUCGACUCGGCGAAGAGCAUGGACGUGAGUAUAACUUUACAACAAAGGAGGAUUUCUUGGACCUCGUUAGCCAAAAUGGCUUCAUCGAACAUGCGCAGUUUGGCGGCAAUCAUUACGGCACCAGCGUCCAAGCGGUCAAGGAUAUUGCACAGAAGGGCAGGAUAUGUAUUCUUGACAUAGAAAUGGAGGGUGUGAAGCAGGUCAAGCGUACCGAUCUCGAUGCUCGCUUCUUGUUCCUGGCACCACCGUCAAUUGAAGAAUUGGAAAAGAGGCUACGUGGGCGAGGCACGGAGACUGAGGAUAGUCUGAGCAAGCGCCUUGCACAAGCGAAAAACGAACUUGAAUUUUCUAAACAACCCGGAGCCCACGACAAAAUUAUUGUGAACGACGACCUCGAAAAGGCUUACGAGGAACUGAGGGAUUGGGUUGUUGAUGGGGGUCGAUUUGGAGCGCAGCAAUGA